CCUGAUUAGGUGCACUUUAACAAACUCUCUCAACACAUUUCCCCUGUCAGUUCUGAGCAAUACAUGGAAAUGGAGGACCAAAUGGAAAGCCAAAAGAGAAGAGGAAUGAGCAAAGAAGACUUAAUAUCUGAACGGACUGGGUCUUUGGGAUGCAUUGGUUGGUUGAUAGUCAUAUUGUCCGGCAUCUUCGUAAUUCUCCUCUUCCCCAUCACCAUCUGGUUUUGUCUGAAGAUUGUUCAGGAGUAUGAGCGUGCUGUCAUCUUCAGACUGGGCCGCAUCACAGACAGGAAGGCAAAAGGACCAGGCAUUUUCUUUAUUUUGCCCUGCACUGAUUCCUUUGUGAAAGUUGAUCUGCGAACAGUUUCAUUUGACAUCCCACCACAAGAGAUCCUGACCAAGGACUCAGUUACAAUUUGUGUGGAUGGAGUGGUGUACUUCCGGGUAAGCGACCCCAUCGCCUCUGUGGCCAACGUGUCUAAUGCUGACUUUGCCACCCGUCUGCUGGCACAAACCACCCUCAGAAACGUUCUGGGGACUAAGAACUUGGCUGAGGUCUUGUCUGACCGUGAGGGCAUCGCUCACAGCAUGCAGACCAACCUGGAUGAAGCCACAGACAACUGGGGCAUCAAGGUGGAGCGUGUGGAGAUAAAAGAUGUGAAGCUGCCAGUUCAGCUGCAGAGAGCCAUGGCUGCUGAAGCGGAGGCUGCACGAGAGGCCAGAGCCAAGGUGAUUGCAGCCGAGGGUGAGAUGAAUGCAUCUCGCGCCCUUAAGGAGGCGUCCCUCGUGAUUGCAGAGUCUCCGUCGGCCCUGCAGCUUCGCUACCUGCAGACUCUCAACACCAUCGCAGCGGAGAAGAACUCCACCAUCAUCUUCCCUCUGCCCAUGGAUGUCAUGGCUCACUUCAUGCGGAAGUGAUUCCUCAGUGAUACCUCAAUAUGCCGGUCCCUGUGAGCUAAAACAUGGUUGGGAUCGGGGUACAUUACUGUAGCCCCGUGUAAAAUAACUGUCAGGAUGCAAGGUCAUGCAUCCGGACAGUUAUGGAUGGUUUAUAUAAUUAAGCUGGGACCAGGCCAGGCCUGCUAACCAAUGUGAUUUUGAUUAAACAGAGAGCAGUCAACAUAGUUUACAUGUCCCUAAAUUUUGCUAUGAAACCAGUUUCAUAAAUGAUAUAGUAAAUAGUGUAACAUUUAUGAUAUUAUACAGUCUGAUGUAAUAUUGAUCAUUUGCAUAUUUUAUACAUUAAAAUGUUUCAAAGUAAGUGUUGAAGUUUUAUUCUCAGACAUACAGCCUCCUGUCUUGAUUUUUGACUCCCAAAUAUCUCCAUAUUCUUGAAAUAUUGUUUAUGUUUUGGUCAUUUCACUGGCACAGAAUGAUGUUGGUGGUUUUGUCUCUGCACUCUAACUUUGAACAGUAUUGUUAAAAAUCCUCAACUUCAGGUAACAUUUCUGAAGCAAGCUGGUCCGGUGGCUAAAUGCUGCUUAAGAUUUUAAAAAUGAAAAGAGGGAAGUGAGUCUUGAGGCUGAAUGUUAUUGCUGGAUAUAAGUGAAAACAGAGAAAGUUAAACAAAAAAGGAUAUCUGAUAAUAUACUUUGAGACCAGUCCUGAAUAUACAGUAUUACAUAUGCUGUUAACUAGGACCAGCACUCGUUUCCACAAUACAUGUUGCAGGUAAACACACCUGAACAAGAGAAUGGAGGGCAGGACUUAUCCUUGAAUGAAACAUGAACAUCCCAUGAGUUUUCCUUCAAUAUUUUUAAUAGUGUGU